AAUAAAGGGACAAGUCAUGAUCCGAUGUGAAUACGCCAUCCAUACAUGCAAUUCGUGCAUGCGAUCCAUUCACUGUGAUGUGGCGGAGACACUAUUUACUGCUGGAGCGAACAUUCUACACAAACAAUUUGUUAUCGAAAAGACUUAUUGUACUCGCCGAAUGCCUGGUUCAAUGAUGGUGCAUUGAUGUGUUAAACAGGGUACUCAUGGAAUUCUAUUGUGAGCAACUGGCUUUUGGAUAUUACAAGAUGUGAUCAGAGGGUGUACAUGGAUUCAGUGUCAACAAACUACAUUUAUCCUGCACAUGUCUUCAGCAAAGAAAGCUAUUAAAGAUGUUCUCCCUGUAGAAGUCCAAAACAUUGUAGGAAGUCCAACAAUUCAGACCUCUGUAUGAAGUACCUGUACUGAUGACUGAUACAUGUUUCUAGUUUAUUCCCAUGAUGGACGAGAUUUUUAAUACCUUUUAGAGCAAACUUGAUAGUACUUGAGCGAUCAUCAGGUUGUCAAGGGCUCUUGUUCGAAAUGAGAUCUUGCAGAAGAGAAUAGAGUGAAACAAUGACCUGUCUCGUAUUCCGUGGCCUCAUUCAAGAUACCCUGUAUUUGGAGAUGAUGAUUAGCAGGCCAGUCCCAGCAGGAAGUCAAUUCUGAGGGUUCCCUCGACUGAUGCCCUCAUCUUUCACAAAGAAGAAGGUAGCCACUACCCUAUCAAGUGAUGUCACUUAUUUAAUGGAUUAAGGAAGUGUGCUGUUGACAUUAGAGAAGUUCAGGAACAUUUCAAAGACAUGCUGGAGGUCUGACCAAGGAGCCGAGGGAAGUACAUGUGGUGAUUAGCAUGGUUCUUAUUAACUGUAAGCUGUUGAUGUCUCUACUUGAUUUACAUGUAGACAUUUGUGGCAGUCUUGUGACUUUCCUUUUCUUCAGACUGAAAUAAAAUAAGUAACUGGAUAUGAAUUUAUUUGAAUUCCAAACAGAAAUCAUUAAAGAAGAGAACACUGGAUAUCUUGGACACUGUGUUAGUGUUAUAUUAUCAUGAACAAUAUUGUGUUGGUACAUGUAACUAUUAGAGCAACUUCUUCUUAGAAGAGAAAUGGGGCCAUAUUUCUUUAUAAAUUUGCUUCUGUGAACGCUGGUGUCAUAUUUGAGCUGUCGUUGGAACCAUUUUUCAAAAAAAAGGAUCGAAUAAAGACUACAUUGUGCGCCUUCAAAAUGGGAAGCAGUUCGUCCAAGUUUCGGAAAGCCCUCCAUUCGGGGGAUGAGAAAACAGCAGAGGAAAUUUACCAUCAUAGCCAAGACUUUCAAAAGACGUUUGAUCCGAACAUCUCCUAUGGAGAGAAUUAUGAUCAUAAUACGGCUCUUCACUGUUCAUGUAGACAUGGAAUGCACAGACUCGUCAGAUUGUUCCUUCAGAAGCAUAACGGAAGCCCUAUUAAGCGUAACAUGAGCAACCAAACGUCUCUACAUUGUGUGUGCAUGAGUGAUCUACCCCGCCCUCCAUCAUCUACGUCCAGCUAUUCACAGUACUAUUACUCUCAACCCCCUGAGAAGAAAAGAGCAGAGUGUCUUCGUCUCAUCCUCAACUGGCAAGGGAUACCCAUUGGCAACGGUGAAAGGGAAAAGAUAGACGUCAAUGCAGUGGAUGAUGAAGGAUGUACGGCCUUACACUAUGCAGCAGCCGCAGGCUACAGAUCAUUAGUAGAGACGUUAUUGGAGAAUGGUGCGUGUUUGUUUGUAGAGAAUGGUGACAAAGAGACUCCUUGUGACUGUGCUGAAAAGAACAGAUAUUACGAUAUUGCUCAGCUUCUUGAGUCUAAAAUGGUCUUUUCGCAAAUAAGUGAAGAUGAAGUCGUGGAGGAAUUAAGUGCAAUAUCAUAUGAAGAGAGCUACGUUGGGCUGAAACCACAGGAGUUACAAGAAGCAAAGGAUGCCCUCGUUGUUGAAACAGCAGAUAUGCUUCGUGUUCCACUUUUCACUGCUGAAGCUCUUCUCAGAAACUAUGAAUGGUCAAGAGAAGUUUUAUUAGAAGAAUGGAUCUCAAAUCCCAAGGAAUGCUGUGAGAAAUCUGGUGUGAAGUCUCCUGAUGAAGUAGAGCAUACAAUACAAGACCAUACCUUAACAACUAUUGAUAAUGAACCUGAAACUAGGCAUGUAGCAGAGGACGAAACAGAGUGUGAUAUAUGUACAGAAGUGAUAUCAGGGGAAGAAUCACCGGUAGAGAUGCCUUGUCAUCAUCACUUCUGUAAAAUGUGCUGGGAAAGAUAUCUUUCAGGAAAGAUAGCGGAGGGAAAUGCCCAUAACAUCAUGUGUCCUGCCUUUGAGUGCUGUAAGCUUGUUCCAGUUGAGAUCAUAGAGGCUAUUGUGUCCAGAGAAAUAGCGAGAAGAUUCUUACAGUUUGAUAUCAAGGCCUUUGUAGACACCAAUCCAAGUUUAAAGUGGUGUCCCAAGGUCGGUUGUGGCCAAGCGGUCAAGCUACCAUUGAACACUGAACCUGUAUCUCCAAGGGAUGUAUCCAGUCCGUCCGCUCCACCUCCCAUGUCCAAGGCAGUUGAUUGUGGGCGUGGUCAUCUCUUCUGCUGGGAUUGCUCAGGAGAACCUCACGAUCCUUGUAGCUGUGAGAACUGGAAAAGAUGGAGUGAGAAAAUAGCAGAAAUACAACCAGAAAAAUUGAAUAAAACUGAAGAAGAGACUGAAUCUGCUGCAAACUGCCUUUGGCUUAUAACCAACUCAAAAGCCUGCCCUAAGUGCCAUUCUCCUAUCCAGAAAAAUGAGGGAUGCAAUCACAUGAAAUGUACUAAGUGUAAACAUGAUUUUUGUUGGGUGUGCCUUGAAGUAUGGAGUAAGCACAGCUCUGAGACGGGUGGUUACUUCCGAUGCAACCGUUAUGAAGUCGUUCAAAAGGUGGAAGAAAAGGCAGAGGGUCUCAUGUCAGAGGCUGAGAAACGUAAUAAGGAGAUGCAAGAGUUGAAUCGUUUCCUUCAUUACUAUACACGAUUCCGCAACCAUGAGAACAGUUACCAUCUUGAAGAACCCCUACUUAGAAAAGCCCCAGGAAAGAUGAGGAAACUAGCCUGCCAUUCUGAUGCUAAAGCAUCUAAAGAGGAAACACAGUUCAUAAUUGAUGCAAUCCAUGAGCUCCUUGCAGCAAGACAUAUACUCAAGUUCUCCUACCCUUAUGGCUUUUAUUUAGAGGACAGAGGGGGUAGCAAACAAAUAUUUGAAUUUAUGCAAAACGAAUUAGAGGAAGCAUCCGAGAAUCUAUCCCAAAUGGUAGCAAGGAACUACCUGAGGACACCGCGGACCAAGAUCAUCCAAGCAGCCCAUCUUACCAAGAGGAAACGAUACGAGUUUCUUUCAGCUGUGAGUAAGGGCUUUCUUCCACCGGAUGUGUCCUCUGACUCACCGCAAAGAAGGAGAAGAACCAGUUCAUCAUGGUCCUAUCAGACCUGGGAUGAUGACUCUGCCGAUGAGAAUGAUGAAGCUCUGAGACGUGCGAUUGAAGAAUCCAUCCAAGACGCUAUGGCACAGUCUCAGAAACAGGAACAAGAUGGAGAGGAUUCAACAUCUGAUUUCAGUACAAGCAAGAUUGGGAGUGAACACACUCAAGGAGGGUCAUCCACCAUGACUGCAGGUUUGCUACGUGCUUUAGAGAUGUCCCAGCUUCUUCUUAUGCAACAGACAGAGAUGCUAGACACCCCUUCUACCAGAGUGGAUCAACCCUCUUCUAGUACUGACACUGAACAACAGAAUGCUGGUGAUGGGAGCAGUCCAUCUACAAGCUCUCAGCGCUCUUCUAAAUUGUCUCCCAAAAGAGGAAAGAGUCCAAAAAGAAAAGAUCCUCAGACAUCAUUCUUAGAUAGUUUUGAUGAUGAUGUCAAGUUGGCCAUGGAACUAUCACUUCAAGAACCUAGUAAAUCAACAAAAGAGAAACCAAGGCAGACCCUUGCCCAACGUAGGAGUUACAAGACAGCUACCUCAAGUGGGCAUAGCAUCAACCCAGAUGAGGUCUUACUUGACAAUACACCCAAAGAAAGAGGGACACGAUCGACAUCUCGUUCCCAUGGCAAAUCAAGAAGUGGCAAAUACAUCAAGUCAGAUCGGCUACGGGUCAUCCCCAACAGCAGUGGAGGAGGAGUCACCCUGCAUGAUAGUGCAGGAGAAUCAGAAGCAGAGAGGAUACGUAGGAUGCGAAAAGAAUUUCUCGAGAAGAUUGCUGGUUCAUCUUCCAAGAAUGUGGACAACCAAAAACACUCCCCAGACGCCAGUUUAUUAUCAGUCGGAGGUGCUGUUGCUUCAAGCUCUAGUACUAGGUCAUCCACAAGCUCUGUGAAGCUUGACAAGGCAACAGUUAGGAAAAAGGGCUCCAGAAGUCAUGUUUCAAGUUCCAGUAAGAGUUCACACCAUCUAAGAACUGGUCGAGCAUCAAGUGACCCACACACUGUUGCCAUUGAUAAUACAUUGCAGCAAAUCCAGGCCAGGAACUUGGCUCUUUCAGCAUCAGUCCAGGAUAUGACUGGAAACCCUGCAAAAACUGGUGACGGAUCAUCCAGCCAUUUACAUGUAUCAAGUAGCAACAGUUCACCAGUUGGAGGAUCUCCUGCUACAAGACCAAAGAUAAGAAUGGAUCUGUGUCCCGUCUCCUCACCUUCUCUUAAAAUCACCGUCCCCGAUCUAUCAACUUCACCAACCACGAGCAAAGUACAGAGGAAAGGCCUGUCUGUCCAACAUACCCCUGUCAAGAAAUCAAGCUUGGGAGAUAUCACAUCAUCAGAGCGACCGCAGCUCAGUAAACCACGGAAGGUAUCUGAAGGAGAUGUUGCCAAACUGAUACAGACUUCUGGUAAACUCCCUUCUACCCUGUUUUCCAGUUCAAAUCAACCUUCUUUUCUAGAUCUUGAGCCCAAACCGGUAGAGGAUGUCUGGAAGAAAGCUUCAGCUGAGGAACUAAUGCCCUCUGCGUCGCCAACAUUAAAGCUUUCCUUAGCAACCAAACCUCUGAACGUUGCAGAAGGACCUGGGGGUGAUGUUGGCUUGUCUCCUGGCAAAACUUUGAACUUUGCUGCAGGUUCUGUCUCAAAUGUGGACUUUGAAAAUGGAAACAUGGUUCAUUUGAGCUCCGUUCCUCAAGCAUCCAGUGCCUGUAAUACAGAUUUAGAUUCAUCCUUACCCCCUUCUAUAGAACCACUACCAUCCAUCACCAUGGCAACAGAAGCUAGAAAUCAAGUCGAGGAGGUUGAUCCCACAGAUGAAAAGAAUGAUGUUUGGCAAGUCUAUAUAUGAUGUAUGCUUUAAUAAUCAGAAGAUGUCAUGUUAUGAUAACAACGUAGCAAUUCAUGAAUUCAGAAUAAUUUGUAGAUGUAUGUGCAUAUAGCUAUAUUGAAUUGAUAUGUAAUCUUUAUUCAUUAAUGUUGUGUCAUGUACUUUCCAAUAAGUCCACCGUGGUGUGAUAUGUUGGAACAUGGAUAGAAUAAACUCCCAAUGGCAAACUAGUGUCAUACAUACAUGAUAAGCAAAUGCUCUUCAAGGGAUUCAGAUCUAAAUUCUGAUUGAAAAUAAAAAGCUUAAAGUUGAUCGGAAAAUACUUUAUAAAGUUAGUUUGAAUAUCACACAACAUAUUUUGUAUAUGUACAUGGAUUAAUUUGUGUAUGACAUGUACAUGGACUUAUUUGUGUAUGGUAUAGAUAAUACCUUUCAUGUAGCAACUACUCAAUGAUAAUUUAUCCUUACAUUCUUGUCAAUUAUUUGAAGCAAUGAAUAACAAGUGAAUGAAUAAAUGAAUGUCCAUAUUAAACAUAAUGCCACAAACAAAAACAAAUGUUUGUAUUAGGCCAGGCAAAUAGCAGCAAACAUUUUAGGGGAAACACAUGCAAUCAAACAUGUUUACAAGCAAGUUUAUGACAUAUUUGUUGUGAAGCAAAUAAAUCCAGGUAAUGAUUAUUAAGAAUAUAUGAUGAUAGUGCUAAACAAGAACUAAUGAGCACUCUAUCAUAAUCUAUUCAUUGUUGUAUGGUAUCCAAUGUAAUGACCUCGUCAGUGAAUGGCUAGCAAAGAAUAAGCUCACCCUUCUUUCAUUUUGUGUUGCUUGUAGUUUAAAAUAUAUAUUAUAGUUAUAUAACAUGGAUAUCAGUUGUAGUUAUUGCAAGGUUUCGAACAAAGGCUUUUCAGGAAUAUGCCAUGAUGAUGGUUGGUAAUAUUAUCCAGGGUGUUCCGUGAAUUUCCCAAUAGUUUAUCUUUGCUUUAUCUCAAACUUGGGACUUUAGUUCUUGGUUCAAAUUUAUUUAUAAGAUGUAAAUGCAAUGGGUUCUCCUUCACACAAAGACACUUGCUCCAAGUUUGUCUUCAUUCUUAAUCCAAGCAAUAUAAACAAUGGACUUAUGAGACUUCAUACAUUUUUUUAUCACUUUGACGGAAAAUAUUGUAUCUUUUGUAUGCUUUUCAGUUGGGAAAUCUGGAGUUCAUUGUUAAAAAGUGUCUAAAAUUUGUAGUGUUGGUCCAAUUGUAACAUAACUAACUAUGAUGUAGGUUGGAGCUAACCAUGUUUUUCUUGUUUCAACCAGAGAAAAAGCUUUAUAUACAUAUAAUCAUAAUAAUAAUGAUGAUAAUAUGGGACGUUUGUGAUGUGCCGUUAUCCAUCAUGAACAGAUGCUCAUGGUAAAUUGAAGAAAAUAUAAUGAAAAGGAAACCAAUUAAUGAGGGGGGAAAAAAGGCUUAUAUGAAUCAAAUGACUUGUCAACUAUCUAGCAAUAACUUGAAUAACACUGGUAGUUUUGUUUUAACCCAGUUUGAAGAAAACUUUGGGAGAAAUGCAUCUCAAAUUUUCAUGUCCUCUGCAUAAUGAAACAUACCAGAUUUAAAGUUUUCAUCAUCCCUUAAAGGAAUAGGUCCCAGGAUUUUAUUCGAUGGUGUCAAGUAAGAUGUACACUAUCUGCACUACAAAAAAGAAUAGUAGUAUACAAAUGAUGCAUGCACAUGAGUUCAUUAGGCGAUCUAUUCUCACACAAGUUAAACCUCUGUUCAAUCCAUUGCAUGAAGCCGUUAGGCUGAGCGCAAUGGGUUGAACACAGCCUCAAUGAGAGUGGGUAAGUCGCAUAAUGGACGAAUAAAGACGUGCAUCAUUUAGUUUAUAAAUUUUUUCUUUCAGAUUUUGUUAUUGACAAUAGAGAAGAAGAAAAAGCAGAUGGAAUUAAGACAUAUUUUGCUUUUGUCUAUUUCUUUUCUCUGGAAAUGUUAUUAAUUUCUCGGUGUAUGAGAGUAGUUAAUUGUUUUGGUUUUUUGUGACGAACUUUGAUUAAUGAAUCUGAGUGCGCACAGUCAGCCGUUUUGUUAAUGCGCUUAUUUUGAUGCACGUAAACACACAUACAAAAUGUAAGUACACACACAUGCCUAGUGGUACAUACUUAACCCUUAUUCUCGGGGGGGGGGGGCAUAAUGCCAUAAUGCCCCCCCCUCGACGAUUUUUGCGAUAUAUCUGCUGCGCAAAAUUUUUUACCUCGCCUCUCACUGACUUUUUACUUUCAAGUCUCGUGCAAAUUUUGAGACCAACUCUGUGGCACCUGGGUACGACAUUAGGCAACAAUAUGUAAGUGCAUGUCAGACCCAAAA